GGCGGCGGCGGAGGACGGGGGCCCCUUGCGCGAGCGCGGGCAGGCGGCCCCGGAGAACCGCGGGCGCAGCCGCGGGCCAGCCAGGGCGCACUGGCCGCCGGUACGCUGGACCCACACCGGAGUCCACUGAUCACCCUGGAGACCCAGGAUGGCUACUUCUCACACCGGCCGAAAGAGAAAGUGCGAACAGACAGCAACAAUGAGAACUCCGUCCCCAAAGAUUUUGAGACAAUCGACAACAGCAACUUUGCCCCCAGGACUCAAAAGCAGAAGCACCCGCCUGAGUUGGCGAAGAAGCCCCUGAGUAAACCAAAGGAGCUUUUGAAAAAGAAGCUGGAGCAGGAGGAGAAAGGGAGGGGACGCCCUUUCCUGGGGAAAGGCACCAAUGAGGUGCUGCCUCCUGGGGAGAGAGCCACAGCCAACCGCAGCCACGCAAAAGAUGCCGCCCGACAGGCCCACGCCAAGAAGAGCGGGGACAGCUCCCCCGAGGUCAAGUAUGACCAGCACCCCAAGUGUGACAUCUCGGGCAAGGAGGCCAUCUCGGCCCUCUCCCGCUCCAAGUCCAAGCACUGUCGCCAGGAGAUCGCGGAAACCUACUGCCGCCAUAAGCUGGGACUCCUGAUGCCUGAGAAGGUGGCUCGGUUCUGCCCCCUGGAGGGCAAAGCCAACAAGAACGUUCAGUGGGAUGAGGACUCGGUGGAGUACAUGCCAGCCAACCCGGUCAGAAUUGCCUUCGUCCUGGUGGUCCACGGCCGUGCCUCUCGGCAGCUGCAGCGCAUGUUCAAGGCCAUCUACCACAGAGACCACUUCUACUACAUCCACGUGGACAAGCGCUCCAAUUACCUGCACCGGCAAGUGCUCCAGUUCUCCAGGCAGUACCCCAAUGUCCGUGUCACGCCCUGGAGAAUGGCCACCAUCUGGGGGGGUGCCAGCCUCCUGUCCACCUACCUGCAGAGCAUGCGGGACCUGCUGGAGAUGACCGACUGGCCCUGGGACUUCUUCAUCAACCUCAGCGCAGCUGACUACCCCAUCAGGACGAAUGACCAGCUGGUGGCGUUUCUCUCCCGAUACCGAGAUAUGAAUUUCCUGAAGUCACACGGCCGGGACAAUGCAAGGUUUAUCCGGAAACAAGGCCUGGACCGGCUCUUCCUGGAGUGUGAUGCCCAUAUGUGGCGCCUGGGGGAUCGGCGGAUCCCAGAGGGCAUUGCUGUGGAUGGCGGCUCCGAUUGGUUCCUGCUGAACCGGAAGUUUGUGGAAUAUGUGACGUUCUCCACAGACGAUCUGGUGACCAAGAUGAAGCAAUUCUACUCCUACACCCUGCUUCCUGCCGAGUCUUUCUUCCACACGGUCCUGGAGAACAGCCCCCACUGCGACACCGUGGUGGACAACAACCUACGUAUCACCAACUGGAACCGCAAGCUGGGCUGCAAGUGCCAGUACAAGCACAUUGUGGACUGGUGCGGCUGCUCCCCCAACGACUUCAAACCACACGACUUCCACCGCUUCCAGCAGACAGCCCGGCCCACCUUCUUUGCCCGAAAGUUUGAAGCCGUGGUGAAUCAGGAAAUCAUCGGGCAGCUGGACUAUUACCUGUAUGGGAACUACCCUGCAGGCACCCCGGGCCUCCGUUCCUACUGGGAGAACGUCUAUGAUGAGCCUGAUGGCGUCCACAGCCUGAGCGACGUGGCGCUCACCCUGUACCACUCCUUCUCCCGCCUGGGCCUCCGCAGGGCUGAGAUGUUGCUGCACACGGAUGGGGAGAACAGCUGCAGGUAUUACCCAAUGGGCCACCCAGUGUCUGUCCACCUCUACUUCCUUGCUGACCGCUUCCAGGGCUUUGUCAUCAAGCAUCAUGCUACCAAUCUGGCCGUGAGCAAACUCGAAACCCUGGAGACGUGGGUGAUGCCCAAGAAAGUCUUCAAGAUCGCCAGCCCACCCAGCGACUUUGGGAGGCUUCAGUUUUCCGAGGUCGGCACUGACUGGGACGCCAAGGAGCGUCUGUUCCGCAACUUUGGGGGUCUCCUGGGGCCCAUGGACGAGCUGGUGGGCAUGCAGAAAUGGGGGAAGGGGCCCAACGUGACAGUGACCGUCAUCUGGGUGGACCCCGUCAACAUCAUCGCAGCCACCUACGACAUCCUGAUUGAGUCCACUGCCGAAUUCACCCACUACAAGCCCCCUUUGAACUUGCCCCUGAGGCCUGGGGUCUGGACGGUGAAAAUUCUCCACCACUGGGUGCCCGUUGCAGAGACCAAAUUCCUCGUUGCACCUCUGACUUUCUCUAACAGGCAGCCCAUCAAACCAGAGGAGGCACUGAAGCUGCACAACGGGCCCCUCCACGGCGCCUACAUGGAGCAGAACUUCCAGAGCCUGAACCCCGUGCUAAGCCUGCCCAUCAACCCCGCGCAGGUGGAGCAGGCGCGGCGGCACGCAGCCUCCACGGGCGCGGUGCUGGAAGGCUGGCUGGACUCGCUGGUGGGCAGCAUGUGGACCGCCAUGGACAUCUGCACCACGGGCUCCACCGCCUGCCCCAUCAUGCAGGCCUGCAGCCAGACGGCCUGGAGCUCCUUCAGCCCUGACCCCAAGUCGGAGCUGGGGGCCGUCAAACCCGAUGGCCGCCUCAGGUAGCACUGGGCACAGUGGGCCAUGGCGGGGUCCCAAAGGGAAAGCAGCCAGAGGGCCGGCAGGGCCUGCACCCUGGGCCCCCUCCCCAGGGGGUGCCUUUUGUACGAGGGACACUCCUGGCCAUAGAAUGACGGAGAUGGCAGGUUUGGAGGCCAAAGCAGGGUCUGCCAACAACCUGCGUUUAGCAGGCUGGCUUCUGGGAGUGAGUUUGCCCCAUGGUGGUCUCAGCUCUUCAGUCAGUCCACACGUCCUACAGGUUCCUUUCUUCCCCCUCCAGUGACCCAGCUCCCAGACAAGCGAUUUUCAAACCUUUAUUUUGAGCAGCUGAACUCUGUGUACUAAGCGCAGUCUUGGGUGGAAGUUCAAGGUGCAGAUGAACCCCAGGCUGCUCUGGUUGAAGCAACAAGUGUGAGGUUCUUCUCCAAGCUCAGCCCACUGGGCAGUCCCUUUGCUGAGGGCAUCUCGUAAGGUACCUCGUCAGAACCCAAGGGCACUGCAAAACCCAGUAUGAAAUGCACUGCCCAGACCAUGGGUUUGACCUCCAGCCCCGCGCUUUGGCUCAUCUUCCUGCUCCUCUUGGCCAGGAAAUCCUUGUGCCAGCCACUGAAAGUCACAGUCGUGCCCUCCCCCAGUGAGGCAGCAGGCUGGGGUGGCGGGUUCUGAUCCUCCCCCCAGCCCUCUUCGGGUUGAGCCACCCACCUUUGUAACUAGAUGGGCAGGACAGCCCUUUGAAGUGGCAUGGCCAAGGUCAACCAAAAGCGUGGCUGCCAUCCAUCCAGUGUUCCAGGCCACAUAGCUGGGGCCACCUCCCUCAGCACUGCCCCACUGGGUAGCAGAGAGGUGAUGGUACACAUGGGCAUGAACAUCAAGUCCCCUACCCAUUCAGGGGCCAGGAGGCCUAGACCAUGACCGCUUUGUUCCUUGAAAAUGGGGACCUUGUGAACACACGGCCUUGAAGCUCACAAGAGAAUGUUUGAAGCAAACCUCCUGAGCUGGACAACACAGCAAUACCAGUCACCUGCCCCAGCCCUUCUGUCUGAAGUCAGACCUUCAAACGUUUGCGAGUCGCACGCACGGUGCUGCUGGGAGUGACCAAAACGCAUGGACCAGACUCUUCAUAUCCAGGAAAAGCAUUUCAGAUUUGGUUUUCAGUGUCAUGCCCUUCCUUAUCCGAGGUGCGAACAGGCCCAUCUGGCAGACAGAAUAAAAGUGGGAAGGUUGAGUGUCUGGUCGCUUAAAAACUAAAAACUAGUAUUAUUCAAAUUGCUUGAGUUACCAGAAAUCCAAAGGGUGUCCUUGCCACGUGCUCCUGAGGGCCACCCCACUAAGACUAGAGAGCCCUCCCUGUCUCUGAAGUUUUCCCUUCCUCCUCUAAUCCCAUCCUCCCCCAAAGGACAGAAUCCCCUUGGAAAAGCCACGCCCCAGGUUGCAAAAUGCCCUUACCACGAAGAGCCAGUCUCGUAUUUUUCUCCAGUGUUGGUUUGAAGGUACUGCUGUUUGCUUUGGACGUGAGGGACACCUGUCAGCUGUGUUGUCCCCCACCCCCACCUCUACCCCCAGCAAGGCAGGAUGUCCUGUGGGCAAGA